AUGCCAGCACGAUACACAAAGCACGACCGUUGGAAACCUUCCAGAAAACGGACAAUAGCUCAACAGCAAGUCACAUCACGCAUGAAAGCUCAGAGCACUCACACAAAAGGUCUCCUAAAGGAAAACAUCCCUCCUGCAGCUACAGUUUCGUCCACCGAAUUAACCCUACCUAAUGCAAUCCUCCCAACAUCAAAGAAUUUUCACAUCCGCUACAGAAAUGAGCGCCUGAUGCCACAAGCGGACCAGGAGGCUGCCUCGCAGACUCAGGCAGAUCAACAAUCACUUGCAGCUGCACAAACGUCACUCACAGCUGCAAAGAGUGAGGCCAAACACUUGCAAGAGCGCAACGAGAUCCUCACCAAACGUAACCAUGCUCUCGGUAUGCGUGUUUCUCGCGCACCUCUCCAGAAAGCACACGCUGUCAAGAAGGCCACUGCUCGCACUAUAGCACAAACCACAAAACAUACAACAUUUGCCCUGAAAAACAAGAAUAUAAUCACUGAUACUGUCUGCGACACAAUCUGCAAGCUUGUAGCAACACACGACGUACCAGUAUCGAGUGUUCGAGGUGUCUUUGGUGUUAUUGCAGAUUGCCUCGGUAUUGCUGUCGAAGGAGAUGUUAGUACUCGCAGCAUUGGUCGUGUGCUGCAGGAGGCAGAUGUCGCAGCAAAUGUGCAGAUGGUAGAUGAAAUGAUGGAAGUAGAUGGUGUCACAUUGAGUGGUGAUGGCACGAGUCACAAAAAUGUCAAUUACCAAUCACACCACAUCACAUAUACCUCCCAUGAUGGCAAGGGAGUCACGCGCUUUGUGGGAAUCCAGCAUGAAGUCAAUCAUACCAGCGAAACCCAGCUGCAAGGCUGGAAGGAUGUGCUACAUGACAUGUGUGACACAUACAAUACAUGCAUGGCUGGCGAGAAAGCUGUAGCGGACCCGAGGGAGGUUGUCAGCAAGGUGAAGGGAAUGUUGACGGAUCAUGCAGAGGACCAGAAGAAACUUGUCCGCCUCUUCUCCGAUUGGAAGCGAACAUCCCUGUUAUGGCAGACAACCGAAGGAGUAAUCACAACCGCUGGUGGGAUGGAAGCUUGGGAAGCCCUGACUGCUGGAGAGCAACAUCUGCGCUCAUCUGAGGCCCUCCGUCAGCUCAAAUUGACAAUUGGUCAAGAGAAGUUCGAUGGUCUCACCGAGUCAGCCAAAGAAUCCAUUGACUUCUUCAUUUGGGCGGGGUGCUGCAUGCACAAGGACCUCAAUGCCGUUAAGGGUGGUAAUACUCGCAUGCAGUCUUGGUGGGCUCAUCACAGCAUCGACGGCCCAAUUUUGUUGAUGAACCGUGACAACGCAGCCGCAGCAUUGGGUGGAUCCUCGAUUGCGCAAGCACGUGCACUGCAUGUCUCUCAACGUGGCGCUGCAAAAGCGCUUGCACUUGCAGGUGCUGUGUUCCGUCACAAAGACUGA